GCUGUUCACAUCAGUCGACUUUGCGACGUUCACUUUUAUCUCACUCCGUCGUUCAAUGGCGUUGAAUCGAGGCGCUUUUACGGCGUAUGGUCUUACCCCACCGUUAGGAAAGCUCGGACACAGUCUACCAAGUGCCUACAAGUUCAACUCACCAGAAUCGACGUCUCAACCCGUUUUCGGCCGACACCCGUCACCAAUAGCGAAGAAAUGUCUCAACUUGUCGUCGGGAGAAGUCAAGGAUGCGCCAAACGCUCAAUCGGUUGCGGAGCUGACCGAUGGGGUCGUCGACCUUCACGUCAACGACGCGUAUGGAACUCCAUCGUAUCCCGCCGUUCUAGACCACAUCCGAGGGUCCAAACAACAACAGGAGACAGAAGCGGUGCGUUCUAGUUCCACAGAGGAGGAAAAGUUGAGAACAAAGUCACCGGAAGUGACCAUCGAGAAGUUCCGCGGGGAUGGAAUGAAUGAUGUGAGCUUUGCGCAGGGUUACACUCGAGGCUCGUUCUUGCCAACAUCAGAUGACCCUCAGAGGCCAGCGUCGGCGUUGAGUCAGUCGUGGAGGUUUCAUAGUUUUGUCGGGAAUGCGGAGAUUGGCGUUCUCUUUCCGACUACGAUUCGAAAUCCGAAUAAAGCUCUAGUGACUGUUGAUGGCAACACGAGGAUAUUGAUCGCUAACGAAAUGGCUUGCGAGUUGUUCAGUUAUACGCAGGAUCGGCUUGUGGGGAUGAAACUGAAGGAGCUGUUUGCGUCGCCGUUUCGAGAGAAGCAGGAGUCGGUGAUAGAGGAGCAGAUCGAUGGGAGUGGCAAGACUGUGAUGGUCAAUGGAAAAGUGGUUGAUGCUGUUGAUAGUAUGGGUGCAACAUUUCCCAUCUCGAUGUGGAUGAAGAAGGUCGCCGAGGAGCCGGAAACUCGGUGUAUUGUUGUGUUAGAACCGGUGGAACGCACUGCAGGCCUUAUUUACCUCGAUGCCAAUGGAUGUGUUGUGACUUGUGAUGAGACGUUUCUUCAUCUGUCUGGCUACACAACAAAGGAGGAAGUCGUUAACAAGCUUGCGUCUGACUUCAUUCCGGCGUUUCAGCUUCCCAGCGAAGUGCAGGAAAUGAAAGAUGUACAAGCUACCGGUCGAACUAAAGACGGAGUUGCAUUUCCUCUCUCACUCGCCAUCAGACGUCUCAAGGAACAGAAGUUCAUUGAUGGAAAGGAGGCGGUUUAUAAAGUCUUGGUGUGGGUGUUUGCCAACAUUAGUGGCUUAGUGAGCUUUCAGGCAGGAGGUCGUGUUGUUGGCAUCAACGAGAAUUAUGCCAGAUUGAUGUUUGGUUACUCAGCAGCUGAAAUACAAGGCAAAGAUAUGUCAUUCUUGAUUCCCAACUUCUUCCUAGAAGUUGCCAAUCACCUUAUGGACUCAAGCAGCAUUGCGCUUCCACCAUUCGAUUGUGACGAAAGCCUGCCUCCUGCACACACUGUACACAUAAAACAGAAGACAUCGUUAGCGAGCACGAGCCUUGAGAGCAUCAACACCAUUAAGUCAACCAGCAGCUCCGGUGUGCACAACACAAACAGUCUGGACGAAUUACAGAGAGAGACGGACAUCAAGCCGAGAGACGACUCGGGAGUCGCAUCUGCACCUACAGCCCAACAGCAGGACGGAGUGCCGACCGAAGGAAACGAAAAUACGACGAAACAGAAGGAGAAAGAGGUCUCAUUUAGUGAUAACAUUAAAGUGUCAAAUCAGGAGAUUUCGCCCGAGACUAUUGUGAACUUCCAAACUCCUGAAACGCUCACCUCGUCUACACCCGCUCGUCCGUCUCACAGCAGAUCGUCCCUGCCUAGUCAUUCGCCAGUUCCCCGUCCUUUCUCACCACCACACACUCACCGGUCCUCAUCCACGUCUCCAUCUCACACGGUUAUGGAAGGAUCGUACGUUGGAUACGCUCGGCAUAAGGAUGGGUCGUCGCUGCCGAUUGUUUUCGACGUGAAGCGUGUCGAUUUGGACAAUGGUGGUCAGAUAUAUUGCGUGUGGGUGUCGAGAAAUUUGGUUGAAGGACGAGACGGAAGUCGGAUUGUGAUGGAUUGGACAUUGGGAGCUACUAUGGAUGGAUCUGAUCGGCACCAGGAGGCAUCUAUGGUGAGUGCUUACACGGAUGCUAUUGAAUCGCUGGAUUCGUGUCCAUAUAUUUCGGUGGGAUCUCCGGGUACGCUCGAAGAGGUCACCGCCUGUCGUGGAGAGUACGGUAGGAUGUACAAUACCUUGAAAUCGAUCGGAAAGGGUGCGUUUGGAUUUGUGAAACUGGCAGAGAGGAAAGCUGAUAAGCAGAUGGUUGUAGUAAAAUUUAUUAGAAAAUCAAGGGUGCUGGACGAGUGUUGGAUUAAUGUUCCUGAUCAAGGAAGAAUGCCUCUUGAAAUUCAUCUUCUAACGACAUUAUCUCAUUCAAACAUUGUUAAAAUCAUAGACGUAUUUGACAACGAAGAGUUUUAUCAGAUGGUGAUGGAGAAGCAUGGCGAUGGGAUGGACUUGUUUGAGUUCAUCGACAGACAACCAGCAAUAGACGAGGCAUUAGAGAGCUACAUAUUUCGACAGGUGGUAGCAGCCGUUGGUUAUCUUCACUCUCUCAACGUCACUCACAGAGACAUCAAGGACGAGAACAUUAUCAUCGAUCGCCAGUUCACCUGUAAACUUAUUGACUUCGGUUCUGCAGCAUUUAUGGAAAAGGGCAAACUGUUUGGUACGUUUUGUGGCACCAUGGAAUACUGUGCACCGGAGGUUUUGCUUGGAAACAGAUAUGCUGGUCCCCAGCUUGAGUGCUGGUCAUUGGGAGUGACCUUGUAUACAUUGGUGUUUGGAGAGAAUCCGUUUUUUGAUGUUGAGGAGUCGAUACAGGCGAGAUUCCAGCCACCGUUUGCCGUAUCAGCAGCAUUGACUCAUUUGUUGAUGUGGGUGCUGCAUCCCGAGCCCCGAGCUCGUGCGACGAUACGAGACAUGGAAGGACAUCGGUGGGUGCGUCAACAAGUGAAUUUGCACAACUACAAGUGGGAAAUGAUCGUGCCACAACCAAUGACAGGUCCUUCACAAACCGAAUCAGUAAUGUUGGAGAUGAACCCCGAUGCCACUGGCAGCAAUCUCGAUGACUGCAUAGCAAACGACUCCAGUGACAUCACACCAGUCGACACCGAUGACGAACACAUGGAAGGUCCCCACAACCAACCAUCAUCAGACGACGUGAAUCAACAAACGAACUAUCCAACGAGUCAAUAAGCAAUGACCUCAUAUGCAACGUCAGCCCAAACAACAAACUCGUUGUGUGGACUCUUGUAUGAAAGAGAUCCAUACAACUGUAUAUACACAGAGCACAGCGAGUGCUUGACCUUCCUAUGAUUCUACUGUACGAAUUGUGUAGCUUUUGUCGUUGUUUUAUCUUUAUUCUUCUGCAGCCAAUGCUUUUGUAGUUGAGAGAGUCUGAAUUCGACGAAAUUUUUGGUUUA